UCCCCGGCCCGCGCCCGCCGCGGCCCCAGGCAGCACUCGCGAGCAGCGGCCGCGGCCGGCGGCCGAGUUGGGAGGAUGCGGCGGCGCUCGCGGAUGCUGCUCUGCUUCGCCUUCCUGUGGGUGCUGGGCAUCGCCUACUACAUGUACUCGGGGGGCGGCUCCGCGCUGGCCGCGGGCGCGGGCGGCGGCGCCGGCAGGAAGGAGGACUGGAAUGAAAUUGACCCGAUUAAAAAGAAAGACCUUCAUCACAGCACCGGGGACGACAAAGCUCAAGGCGUGGAGACCCUCCCCCCAGGGAAAGUGCGGUGGCGAGACUUCAACCAGGAGGCUUACGUCGGCGGGACGAUGGUGCGCUCCGGGCAGGACCCCUAUGCCCGCAACAAGUUCAACCAAGUGGAGAGUGACAAGCUGCGGAUGGACAGAGCCGUCCCUGACACCAGGCAUGACCAGUGUCAGCGGAAGCAGUGGCGGGUGGAUCUGCCAGCCACCAGCGUGGUGAUAACGUUUCACAAUGAAGCCAGGUCAGCCUUGCUGAGGACAGUGGUCAGUGUGCUUAAGAAAAGCCCGCCCCACCUCAUAAAAGAAAUCAUCUUGGUGGACGACUACAGCAAUGACCCCGAAGACGGGGCCCUCUUGGGGAAAAUUGAGAAGGUGCGGGUUCUCAGAAAUGAUCGGCGAGAAGGCCUGAUGCGCUCGCGGGUGCGGGGGGCCGACGCGGCCCAGGCCAAGGUGCUGACGUUCCUGGACAGCCACUGUGAGUGCAACGAGCACUGGCUGGAGCCCCUCCUGGAGAGGGUGGCCGAGGACAGGACCCGCGUGGUGUCCCCUAUCAUCGAUGUCAUCAACAUGGACAACUUCCAGUACGUGGGAGCAUCCGCGGACUUAAAGGGCGGUUUUGACUGGAACUUGGUGUUCAAAUGGGAUUACAUGACACCUGAGCAGAGAAGAUCCCGGCAAGGGAACCCGGUCGCCCCCAUAAAAACCCCUAUGAUUGCUGGAGGGUUGUUCGUGAUGGAUAAGUUCUAUUUUGAAGAACUGGGGAAGUAUGACAUGAUGAUGGAUGUGUGGGGAGGAGAGAACCUGGAGAUCUCGUUCCGCGUGUGGCAGUGUGGCGGCAGCCUGGAGAUCAUCCCCUGCAGCCGCGUGGGACACGUGUUCCGGAAGCAGCACCCCUACACCUUCCCGGGCGGCAGCGGCACCGUCUUCGCCCGUAACACCCGCCGGGCAGCAGAGGUCUGGAUGGACGAGUACAAAAAUUUCUAUUACGCAGCCGUGCCUUCUGCCAGAAACGUCCCUUACGGAAAUAUCCAGAGCCGACUGGAGCUCAGGAAGAAGCUUGGCUGCAAGCCUUUCAAAUGGUACCUUGAAAACGUCUACCCAGAGUUAAGGGUUCCUGACCACCAGGAUAUAGCUUUCGGGGCCUUGCAGCAGGGAACCAACUGCCUGGACACUCUGGGACAUUUUGCUGACGGUGUUGUUGGGGUUUACGAGUGCCACAAUGCCGGGGGCAACCAGGAGUGGGCCUUGACGAAGGAGAAGUCAGUGAAGCACAUGGACUUGUGCCUGACCGUGGUGGACCGGGCGCCCGGCUCGCUCAUCAAGCUGCAGGGCUGCCGAGAGAACGACAGCAGACAGAAAUGGGAGCAGAUCGAGGGCAAUUCCAAGCUGCGGCACGUGGGCAGCAACCUGUGCCUGGACAGCCGCUCGGCCAAGAACGGGGGCCUGAGCGUGGAGGUGUGCGGCCCGGCGCUGUCGCAGCAGUGGAAGUUCUCGCUCAACCUGCAGCCCUAGGAGAGCGCGGGGCCGCGCGUCCCCCCGCGCCGUCGGGCCGAGGCGGCGUUCACGUCCUUGAUCACGUUUCCUAAACUUUCCGCGAAACUAUAUACCUCAGUAUUCCAUCAUGGUCUGAAGGGCGGAGGCCCGGGCCCGCCCCCCAGCGCCGCCGCCCGCCCGAUCCGCAUCGACAGCGACCGUGCACCGUGGAGGAUGGGAGGCAAGGGGCGCAGUUGCUGCAUCACCGCGAGGAAAACGCUCCGAAGUCUCCACUCGGGUCCCACUGAAAUCACGUACGGUUUCCAUAGCGAUCACGCCGGUUCGCAGGUUUACGUCGUGGUCCCCUCUCCCUGCCCUCCUGUCUCCCCAGCGCAGACCCUUCCUUCAUGUGGUGUACUUGCUAUAUUUGGGUAUGAACUUUUUUACGGUGGGACAUUAAAUAUAAAUAUAUAUGUAAAGAAAGGAUGUAGGGUUCAAUCCCCUGUGGUUUCUGUAGGUCAUCCUCAUCUUGUAAAUUCUCCACCCCAUCAGAUCACGGUCGUGAGGAGGGGGGACCGGGCUCUCCCAGUGGGAGAAAGCGGCCUCCUUUGCCCGCCCCCAGCCUUAGCGGUGAGGAGGUGCUGCUGUGCCCCCCUCCCCAGGAGCCUAGUGCUGCCCCGAGGCUCAGAUCUCGGCAUCUCUGUUUGGCUUCAGCUCGGAGUUGUGCUCUGUGCCGGCAUCCACUUUUUUCAUGCCCCCAGUAUUUGUAAAGCUGGAUGGGUUACUUAUUUUGACAAAUGUUGCUUUGGGUCUUUUUAGAUGUACUUUCUUUUCUUCAGGGGUUAAAUGAAUUAAAAAACCAGUCCCCCAGCCCCCAGUGUUGGUGGGAGGCUGUCACAGUCAGCACUGGGCUAAUGGCAAGGACCCUGGUGUGCUGGCACCACUGUCAAGGUCAUCCGGUUCCUGGAACCUGCCUGCCUCCUGGGGCCUUGGGUCAAGAAUCAGGAAAAGUGGAGCCCAAACAGUGCUCCACGACUGAGGAUCAAGGGCCCGAAACAGGAGCCCGUGGCCAAGGAAGCAGAGAGGUCCGUAUAAACCAUGGGAAUUAAAAGUCAUAACAGGAGGAGGUGCGUGGGCUUACGCCUUGACACCCAGGAAUGUCCCUGCAGAGCCCCUCUUGCCUCCGAGGUGUCCCCACAUGCAACAGGAGACUGGCCGCAGCAUCCUCAGAGUGGCUCCCUGGUCACUCUCGUGGUCACUGCCCCUACUUCCUUCUCCGCCCACCCCCGCCACGUACAGGCGCCGCCUUGAAGGUGGCCCUGUCACCUGAGCUACUACUUACUGUUAGGGGAAAACAGUCCCACUGAUGGAAAACAGAUUUGGUUUUAAAGUAAAACAAAUUUUCAUCAGGUUCUUGACAAAUCUCUUGCCCACACACCUCCACCCCACCCAGAAGUCUUACAGACAUUGUACCAUCACGAUGGGUCCACCCGGCCCUGGUCGGUGGAGGGGGGAAGCGCCCCAUCCCUGAGCUGGUGGGGGCGGCAGCCUCGGGUGUUGUGAGCGGAGGUGGGCUGGGAGGGCUCCCUCGGGUGAGCUAUGUUUACAUGACACAGUGUGCCAAAGUGACUUACUGUGGUUGCGUUACUUUCUAGUCAUCAGGACUCUCCCGCCCUCCCACUCCUGUUUUUACAAGUAAAAAUGCUCCCCUAAGAGCCCCUCGAGCAAAGCGUGGCCAAGUUAGUUGUCUUCUCUGUGCUGGUCUCUCCUAUGUCUUCAUAAAAGCUCAAAUGAUGGUAUCUGUGAGUAUGUUUUGCAAAUUCAAAAUAUAGUUUGGUAAUUUUUUUUUCCAGUUGAUUUUUAAAAAGAACUGCUGUACAGAGCUUGUACUUUGUCCAUUUUAUAGAUGGAAACCAUCCUUGAAAAUUGUUUAACUUAAAUAAAGAGAAGAUACUUUAUAGAUAA